AUGUCACAAAGUGCCAUUUCAUCCACAUCCGCUACUGAUCCUGAGAGACAGACCCCAGAAACUAAGCUGGAAGGCGAAGAUUUCCAACUGAAGGCCGAUGAAGCCAGUAUUCAAGGCGCUGAGAUUCCAAGAAAGCCCUUAGGCGCUUACUGGACCGUUAUGUGUCUAUGUUUAAUGAUUGCCUUUGGUGGUUUUGUCUUUGGUUGGGAUACAGGUACUAUCUCUGGUUUUGUUGCUCAAACUGAUUUCAAAAGAAGAUUCGGUCAAAGACACUCAGAUGGUACUUACUACUUGUCAAAUGUUAGAACUGGUCUAAUUGUCGCUAUAUUUAAUAUUGGAUGUGCCUUCGGUGGUCUAACUUUAGGCCGUACUGGUGAUUUGUAUGGCCGUAAGAAAGGUCUAGUCAUUGUUGUUUCUGUCUAUGUUGUUGGUAUUAUUAUUCAAAUCGCUUCGGUAGACAAAUGGUACCAGUAUUUUAUUGGUAGAAUUAUUUCUGGUCUAGGUGUUGGUGGUAUUGCCGUUCUUUCUCCAACCUUAAUUUCUGAAACAGCUCCUAAACAUCUAAGAGGUACUUGUGUUUCAUUCUACCAAUUAAUGAUUACUCUAGGUAUUUUCUUGGGUUACUGUACAAACUAUGGUACCAAGAAUUAUUCUAACUCCGUCCAAUGGAGAGUCCCAUUGGGUCUAUGUUUUGCCUGGGCUUUGUUCAUGAUUGGUGGUAUGUCCAUGGUUCCAGAAUCUCCAAGAUUUUUGGUUGAAAAAGGCAGAUUAGAAGAAGCCAGACGUUCUAUUGCUAUUUCCAACAAGCUUUCCAUGGAUGACCCUGGUGUAACCUUCGAAUUAGAUACUAUAAGCGCAGGUGUUGAAGCUGAAAGACUUGCUGGUAGUGCCUCUUGGGGUGAAUUAUUUUCUAAUAAGGGUAAGAUUCUACCUCGUGUUAUUAUGGGUGUAAUGAUUCAAUCUUUGCAACAACUGACAGGUAAUAACUACUUUUUCUACUAUGGUACCACAAUUUUCAAGGCUGUCGGUUUGGAAGAUUCAUUCCAGACAUCCAUUGUCCUAGGUAUUGUUAACUUCGCUUCUACAUUUGUGGGUUUAUGGACUGUCGAGAGAUUUGGCCGUCGUAGAUGUUUGUUGUGGGGUUCUGCAACUAUGGCUGCUUGUUUUGUCAUCUUUGCUUCAGUCGGUGUAAAGAGUCUGUAUCCUCACGGUAGAGACCAUGCAUCCUCUAAGGGUGCCGGUAACUGUAUGAUUGUUUUCACAUGUUUCUUCAUUUUCUGUUUUGCUACUACUUGGGCUCCAAUUGCCUACGUUAUUGUCUCUGAAACUUAUCCAUUGCGUGUUAAGAACCGUGCCAUGGCUAUUGCUGUUGGCUCUAACUGGAUUUGGGGUUUCUUGAUUGGUUUCUUCACUCCAUUCAUUACCAGUGCGAUUAACUUCUCUUAUGGUUAUGUAUUCAUGGGUUGUUUGGUAUUCUCUUACUUCUAUGUUUUCUUCUUUGUCUGUGAAACUAAGGGAUUAACAUUAGAAGAAGUUAAUGAUAUGUAUGAAGAAGGUGUCUUACCAUGGAAGUCUCCAAACUGGGUUCCACCAUCUAGAAGAGAUGCUUCUUACGAUAUCGACGCUAUGAUGCACGAUGACAAGCCAUGGUACAAGAGAUUCUUGUAA